AUGACUAUUUUCAACUAUUUUCUUUUACGGCUUUUAAAUGCUGCAAGUGAUAUGCUUUUGAAUGCCGAAGCAGUUGCCCGAUUAUGGGGUAAACGAAAGAAUAAACCUCAGAUGAACUAUGAAAAAAUGUCCAGAGCUUUGAGGUAUUACUAUGACAAGAAUAUUAUCAAGAAGGUUAACGGCCAAAAAUUUGUUUAUCGAUUUACCAUGAGUGACGGGUACUGGAAAGAAGAGCUCAACCAUCCUUUAGCUCAAAUCAGGAGCCUCUUCUCUAGUAGUACAGAUGAAAAUCGUACUUUGCUUUCGUCACUUUGUCCCUACCUCACUAACCCUGGUUUUAACUACGAAGGUGGGGAAGGCGUUUACUUGACAAAUUUGAAGAAUGCGGCUGUGGGAUAUGCUGACCAGAUUUCAUCUCCUGUUAACAGUCUAUGCACAUCUGACAGCGUUGGUAGUAGUGACGGUAGUAACAGCUGUGAAACUCAACCUAGUAACCUGCCGGCCGAACUUGAUCCCGAAAAAGCAUCGCUUUUCAGUCCACCAUCGACAAGUAAGUUGUGCGACAAGAAAGAGGAGUGGGGAAAAUCUAAAAUAACCUCGAAAACUGAAGGUAGUGGAAUUGAACCUGUUCGGAAGCAGGACGUUUAUUCCCCUGUUAACUUUGAAUCUGUUCGAAAUUCCAAGCGAAGCCACUGUAAUGAGGAAAAUGAUCACAAAGCAGAAGUUUCAAACUCUUUGUUCUUCGCAAAGAAUACUGAUAUUAGUGAAGGUCCUAAUGGAAAGAAGAAAAAACCACAACCACUAGAUUUGAAUGUCAAUGAGACCGCACAAAUUCCUUCAAUACAUUUUGGUUUGACAGCAAAUCCUUUGCUAGCAACAUCACCUAUCCUCUCCCCACUUGGAUUCUUGGCUGCUUCACUGUCGGCCAAUCAGCUGAUUGCUUCCAGUCCACAAAGCGCUCUAUGGUCCCCAUCUGGGCGAUGUCCACUGCUAGGAACAAUAAAUACUUCGCUGACUACUCCAGUCGGGUCGCCUACUGUCAACCCUCAUCCAUUUUUCCAGUUUCCACCCAGCCCUCAACAGGCAGCUUUGAUGGCGCAGCAAAUGACGGCAGCAAUAUCGCCGUUACUACCACUACCGCACAGUCUGCUGAUGGACUUGCCUAAGCGGUAG